CCAUAUUUUACGAUCGUAUAUGGGACAUUCGAAGUGGCAACGUUUAUUUUAACAACUUUUGUGAGAUUUUAUCGUCCAGUUUUGCUCCAGUGUCGUGUUCAAAAUGAACAAAAGACCUUUGGAUAUGAAUGAAGAUGAAUGGAAGUUUAUGGAGAGGAAGAGAAAGCGAAAAAGCCGAUGGGCUGCUGUUGAUGAUGCUGAGAAAACAGUUAUUCCUGGAAUGCCGACCACAAUCCCAGCAAAUCUAUCAAAUGAGCAGGAGAGGCAGUAUUUGGUUCACCUUCAAAUUGAGGAGAUAAGUCGCAGACUGAGAACAGGAGAUCUGGGGAUACCACCUAACCCUGAAGACAGAUCUCCCUCACCAGAACCCAUCUAUAACAAUGAAGGGAAGCGACUCAACACUCGGGAGUACCGUACUCGCAAACGCCUGGAGGAGGAGCGUCACAGGCUUGUCACUGAAGCCUCCAACCUAAACACAGAGUACAAACCUCCAGCUGAUUACAAGCCGCCAAUAAUCCGUGUGAAUGACAAAGUGAUGAUUCCACAGGAGGAACACCCAGACAUUAAUUUUGUGGGGCUGUUGAUAGGACCUAGGGGAAACACACUGAAGAACCUGGAGAAAGAGACUGGUGCCAAGAUCAUCAUCCGUGGUAAGGGCUCUGUGAAGGAAGGGAAGAUUGGGCGUAAGGAUGGCCAGCCCCUGCCAGGGGAGGAUGAGCCCCUCCAUGCCUAUGUUACAGCCAACAACCCAGAAAAUGUCAAGAAAGCGGUGGAAAAGAUCAAGGAGAUCAUUAAACAGGGUAUAGAAGUUCCUGAAGGUCAAAAUGACUUGCGGAGACAGCAGCUUAGAGAGCUGGCUUUGCUAAAUGGCACAUUGAGGGAAAAUGAUGGCCUGGCGAAAUUAAAGCAACUGCAAACUGCACAGACGAUUAUCACCAACACUAUAGUGUGCUCAGUGUGUGGAGGAACAGGUCAUUUGGCUCAGGAUUGUAAACAGAAGAGACCAGGUGACUCAUUCAGGUUACAGCAGGUACAGACUGCUGCUGACAAAGCCAAGAUGGAUAGUGAGUACAUGUCCCUGAUGGCUGAGUUAGGGGAGGGUCCCCCACCCUCACAGAAGAACGAGUCUCCGGCUUCUCAUCAGAAUCACAACCACUCACACCACACACCACAGCAGCACCAGUUCAACAGGCCUUCCUUUGGACAACAACAGCAGCCUCCUAUGGGUUUAACGCCCCCCUGGGCCCAGAACAGUCCACGGUUACCUACCAUGAUGGGUGGGCCUCCUAACACCUUCCAGCAGCCACCCCCUAACAACAUGGCCUCUCCCAUGCAGGGUAACAAUCAUCAGCCCAUGUUCACAUCAACCCCAGCCAGCAUUCCACCCUGGCAGCAGGGACUCAACUCUACACCCACACAACCAGUCUCCAGCUCACCGGCAAUGGGUGUUCAACCCCCACAGCUGCUGACUGCCCCACCCCCACCCCCUCCCAACAGUCAGGGGAUGACACCUACUUCUAGUCUACCAUGGUUACAGGCAUCCCAAGCUCAGUCUGCGAUGCCACCACCUCCAUCAUCCACAGCCAUGGCACCAUGGCAACAGAUGUCUGGUGUACCACCUCCACCACCUUCCAACAUUCCUCCAUGGCAACAGCAAGUUCCCCCACCUCCUAAUCAUCAGCAGUCAUGUAUGCCCAAUCCAGUGGCUCCUCCUCCACCACCCCCUAAUCAACAUGGGUACAGCCCCAUAGCUCCACCCCCACCACCACCACCUGCUAACUUCGACAUGGGCCAAAUGGUUGGUGGGAUAAACCCAAUGCUGAUAGCACCACCCCCUCCCCCGCCCAGCUGAAACUACUGCCACGCGUCAACCAGAUGGGGUGGUGUUUUAUCAUAGAGUUGUAGGGCUAUCUUCAGAAGGACUUACAUAUUACCCUGACCAUCAUCUUGUCAAGGUUUUAACUGUCAGAAUAUUCUUAUCUUGGAUUGACAGCUGUACACUUCCACUUCAAGUACAAAUGGAAUAGUAGCUGCUGAUUUUAGCGGAUAAUACGUUAUGUAUGUUUUAGUUGAUUUGUGGCAAUGAUUUAUGUACCAUUUAAUCAAAGCUGUAUACAUGGACACUUCCAGUACCUGAUGAUUAGCAUCUCAUUGACCUUAUACUUAUCAAAAUGGUUUUCAAAUUUACCCAGAGAUCGGGUUUUUAUUCUUAUUCUUAGUAUAUUUAUCACCACCAAGUAUAUAUAUGUGUGAAGUUAUCAGUAGGGGGGAUUGGAAGGCAGGUAAUUAUUCAUAAUAAGGUUUGUUUUUCUGUCUGUGUUCAAGUUUACUUAACCUUAAGAAUAAACUCACAUCCAGCAUCCUGUGGCAAUAAAUGUUUUGAGUUUAAAAAAUCUACACGUAUUGGUGGUUUCCUGCUAACAUUUCAGUAGGUAGCUUGAGUCAAAGUUAAAGGAUACCGCGUUAAAAUCACAUUUUAAUUCAUUUAUUGUGAAUUCCAUUUUGUUGAUGAUGUUUAAUUAAGAUGAGACAUUGUACAUAUAAAUAUAUCCAAGUUUUGUUUACUACAUCAGACUUUACAUUUGCAUUAUUGAGGUGCUCAGAAAUUGAUGUAGGAUGUGAAUCGUCAUUGAUAAAUAAAUGAAUGUUAAAAAAAGUGUG